CAUGUUGGCCCUAGGUCUUUUGAAAGUCAUGGAGAAAGUGGAGGUGAUUGAGGUCAUGAAAGUGACCGAGGAAGUGGAGAGCUGCUACAGCCAAAUGGAGAUGACGACCCUCAAAAAAAGAAAAAACAAAGGUCAAGAAGACACUUCUGACAAACCAAAAAAGCCCAGGACUGCAUAUCUGCUCUACUACUUUGAUGUUCACCAAAUUAUGCAACAGGAAAUACCAAAUCUGCCACAGUCAGAGAUCAACAAACGCAUCAGUGAGAGCUGGAAAAGGCUCAGCGUAGCUGAAAAGGCAUACUAUCUUGAAAAGGCCAAGUCCGAGAAAGAGGGCAUAGACACAAUGUCUCUCAGCCCCUCCAAAGAUCUCCCAGGCUUUCGCAAAAUCCUCCCCAGAGCCAGUUACUUUCUCUUGGCCAAAGGGUGCUCUUCCAGUCAACAGCCUGGAGGGUCUCAGCCAGAGGUGAACAUGGACUCUCUGGACUCUCCUCUGGACGGGAUCUUGCCCUUUACCUCUAUUAGCCAGGAGCCCCAGUUCACAGCUCUCGGGUUGACUGAAGAGGAUGAACCUUCCAAUCACACGAUUGUUGCAGAUGACAUAGAAGAGGACACGGCCGUUGUUACUAAUCCAACAGCUCCUCAACAAAUCCCAUCCUCCUCAUCCUCUUCUAUCUCAUCCAAAGCAUCUGUCUCGCAGGGUGCUGCUGGCUGUGGUUUUGGUGGGGCGAUGGUGCAGCAGAUACAGGGGGAAUCUACACAAAUGGUUGCAUUCAUACCCAACCAGAACAUGCUGGACCCUAAGUCUUUGGCAACUGUUGGCUCUGUGGGUCCCAUGAUGAUGGUCUCUGUUGGAGCCAGCAUAGAAAAGAGUGCCAAACCUUCAUAUAAAAUGGGUGUGAAGACUUACACCAGGCGAGGUCGAGGGAGGUGUCUAAAUCCUGGGUGUUCAUUUGUGUAUGUCACACGCCACAAGCCACCAACAUGCCCUGAAUGUGGCAGCCACCUUGGCGGAAAAUGGAUACCAGCUCAAGCUAAGAAGACACAAGAGAAAGAAGCUGUGUCAAAGCUGUUGCCACAGAAAGCUGACGGCUGCAACCCCACACCUCAGCCUGCUAAGAUGGGCAAUUCAGAUGUCAGUAAAAAAAACAACACUGGGAGUAAAAGAGAAGGUCGAGUUCAGCGCUGCUCCAGAAAGCAGCAUGCGGUUUCAGCCGGAGAGCCACUAGAGGGCAGCAGCACCAAGGGCCAGGAACAAACUAAUAGAGAACUGAAAGACCAUAUUAAAGGAACAGUAAUCCAAAGUCAAGACAGAAGCGACGCCGCUGUUCAGAAGAGGCCGGUCAGACCGAUCCUCCCCGCCUAUAACACAGGCCGUACUUUGUUCCAGAUCAUAACCGUCCCACCUGAUAAAGGAAAACUUCUCAGUACAAACAACAAUAAAUCACCUACUGCGUCUCGAGAGACUUUCUCAGGGCUCAAACCAAACACUUUAAAGCAGCUCGGCCAGACUGUCCCAUCAACUGCAGCCAAGCAGGAAUCUUCUCUCCCACUAGAUGGUGGCCAAUCUGUGUCUCUAUUGGCAGAUAAGAGAGUUAAUAUCCUCUCAGUCGUGCCAUUUAAACAACACACCAUCUCCAGCUUUGACCUGGGACUGUCCACAGCACGAGGAAGAGGUCGAUGUAAGAAUCCUACUUGUGAUUACAUGUAUAAGAACAGACACAAACCUGCAGUGUGUCCUAAAUGUGGCUGUGAGCUCACCCAGAAGAACACCAAAGGAAAAAAGUGUGGGACCUUGCUCGAUCCAUACCAGCCCCUGAGUCCUUCUCAGAAGGACAUCCAGCGCCAAAAUACGGUGCAGUUACUGCAGCGCUCCCUGCAGAUCCCAGAGAACGAGACAGAGCUUCAAGAAACUAUGAAUCUCAUCCAGGAGCUUAAUAGUCUCCAGAUAGUCCUUGUCCAACCAGACAACCAGGAGCUGGGAAGCAGUGUAGAGACGGAGACGCUGGUGGAGUCUGGUUGGCCUCAGUUCUAUGAAUCAGCAGCCACUCACUGUGGCCUGUGUAGCUACCCGCUCUUCAAAGGAGAUCAGAGUUCUGUUGCAGGACAAGAGGUCUGCUGGCUGCUUACUGAGACUCUGUUCCAGACAGCCAGCCUCCAGCUCAAGGUGUGUCUCAACGUUAUGUGUCUGGUUCUUCACAGCUUCACUGACCUGCAUCCAGGUUUGUUCAACAUUGGGAACAGACUGCUGGUUAGUAUCGAUCUGUUCCUAAACAUCAGGGCGAGUGUCAAAUUGGGCAAACCCCCGCCGGAGGCAGCUAGGACCUUACUCGACCACAACCCAAAUCAUCCGGUCCACACUCUGAGUGCAGAGGAGUUUUCACAAAUUCAGGAGCUUCUCCUGAGUGGAUACUGGGCCUUUGAGUGUCUGACAGUGCGGGAUUACAACGAUAUGAUCUGCGGCGUUUGUGGUGUUGCUCCCAAACUUGAGAUUGCUAAGCGAUACACAAACAACGUUCUGGAGCUGAAGAAUGUGGAGUUCACCUGGCCUGAGUAUUCAGUCUCAGAUGAGGUACACGUGGAUGACUUCUGGCUGACCAUGGAAUGCGAGGCCAUUGAGCAGGCAGCUUUUCCUGCUGACAUCCCCAUCACACGUGUCGAUGCUUCUAUCAUUGCUCCCUUCAUUCCCCCCCUGAUGAGAAGUGCUACUGUUAUCAACACAGAAAAGGACAAGGUGAAGGCACCUGCACAGCAGCCAUCAGGAGAUCCAUCAGCUCUGGUGCGUCUCAUUCAUGAUGGUCACUUGAGCCUCGACAAGAUUGAAGAUCACAGUGAGGACGAGCUGAGAACAAUGCUGGACUGCUGCGGGGCCAGCAUAGCCCCAAGCUCCUCCAAGAAUGAGCUGCUUGCCUCCCUCAUCUCCUUGUACACACUUGUUCACAGUGGCCUCCCAACAGCCUCACAGCCCCCUCCUCACCUCACCGCAGGCAAGCUGUCUAAGGUCUGCCCCCACAAGGUGGUGUGCGGCUCUAAGUACUUGGUGAGAGGAGAGUCAGCCCGAGACCACGUAGACCUGCUACUAUCCUCUCGCUACUGGCCCCCUGUGUAUGUGAGUGACUGUGCGCGUCAGGUGGCGCUCUGUGCUGACAUGCAGUACCCAGAACUGGCAACCCAGAUGUGGGGUAGGAACCAAGGCUGCUUCUCCGACCCUUUUGAAAAGCCAGAGUUUGUCUCCUGUGCUGAGCUACAAGAACAGUCGUACAGCCCUGACCUGUCGUUGGUGGCAGAGAACCAGAACGUCCACCCUAUCACCAAAUCAUCAUGCAGCUGGUUGGUUCACCCUCCUGGGGCGGCUGAGGAGACUGAAAAGCACCACUCUAUGGUCCUCUGCAGAGAUCUGGAGCCCUACAUCAGCAUGGUGCAUGAGCUGGAGAAAGAAAAGGAGGAGGAGGAGGAUGGAGCAGAAAGUAAAGAAGAGAAAGACAUGAAAGAGAAUGACUACGAGGAGAAAACAGAGGAGUGUUCCUCGGUAAGUAAUGAAUGGCAGCAGCCCGUGGUUUUCAACAACACAGCUUACUACUACCUUUACAACCGCCUGGUGGAUUUCCUCACCAGCAGGGACAUUGUGAGUCAGCAGAUCAACCACGUGGUGAAGGCCUGUCAGCCUGGGGAGGUGGUGAUCAGGGACGCUCUGUACCGACUGGGAGUGGCACAGAUCAACACAGAAAAGGAGGAGGAUGAAGGAAGUGGGAUGGAUGGACAGACACAGCAGGCAGGGACAGAGAUAUGUGAGGGCGUGCUUCCUGAAUAAAAAAAAGGGAGUAUACAUACCCUCCCGGAAAUGCCCUGGGAAGCUUUGGUUCCUUGUAGAGCUCUGCACCAGUCAAACAGUCCCACCAUCCGUUUGACCCACACCAAGAUGAUUCUGAAUUAGGCCUGCUCUAAUACACACACAAACUAGUCAGCAGUGUCAUUUGCCACCAGAUAUUAUAACAGAGAAUAAUUACACAGAUCAUUGUCAAAAACACAUGCACAAAAUAAUAUAGUCACAAGCUACUAGCAAAUUAAGUAAAUCAACA